GGAGGCUCACUCGCAACGCGGCUCUCAGUCGGCCGUCAGUAUCAUACCGGUUGGCAGGCGCACGACACCGACCGACGACACGCUGACAGAUCUUCACGGUGGUGGUGUGUUGACGACGAGAGUUAUUUUUGCCGACCACUUUGACAGAUUCGAGUGCAACCCUCCUCUCUCGAGUGGGCGAAACAUUUCGCACCCGAUUGGUCGUCCAAGUGAAGUUUAUUUGCAUUAUGUCCACUGCUGUGAUGCCCGCAUCGGCCAACUACGACUUCGGAGACAUGAUCUUCAAGAAUGGAAGCAACGUGAUGGCGCACAACCUGCUCAAGGUGCACUUUGAGCUGGACAACCGCGCCGUCGGCAGUCCGAUCCACCAUCAGCAGCAACAGCACAACCUGCACCUCCACCAGGGCAACGGCCACCAGCCGCUGAGCAGGCGCAACUCGACGCCGCCGCAACGCAACAUGGCGGCGCUGGGCGCCAGCCUGCCCCCCGCUAGUCCGUCAAUCACCAUCGAGUCACUCGGCAGCCACGGCAUCAACGGCCACCGCAAGCUGGACAGGUGCCACAGCGAGCCGGUGGACAAGAGUUUGGUCUGCACGUCGCCGACCAACGUCAACACGAGUCGCUACAAGACCGAGCUGUGCCGCCCGUACGAGGAGAGCGGCGUGUGCAAGUACGGGGACAAGUGCCAGUUUGCCCACGGCGCCCACGAGCUGCGCAACCUGGCCCGCCACCCCAAGUACAAGACGGACCUGUGCCGCACCUUCCACACGAGCGGCUUCUGUCCCUACGGCCCGCGCUGCCACUUCAUCCACAACGCCGAAGAGGCGCGAAUCAGAGGGGCCACGCCCACCAACAUGGCGUCCAUGAUCGCCCGUCCGAAGCCGGUGCCCCUUGGCGGCUCCGCUUUCAGUCUGCACGGCGGCUCUCAGGGUGAGUCCCCGUCGCCCCCGUGCUCCCUCAGCGAGUCGCCCACCAGCAGCCUGACCAGCUUCUUCUCGGAGCCGGACCUGCUCUUCCCCUCCACCCCCUACACCCCGGUGGCCACGCCCAAGAGCAACGUCUUCACGUUCGGGCCAGAGUUCACGGCCACGCUGCUGCAGAUCGGCGCCAGCGGCGCCAACCGCGACCUGGAGGAGUUGAGCGCCAACACCAACACGCCGCCGCCCUCGCCCCUCGACCGCCUGCCUGUGUUCAACCAGAUGAGCAGGGUACAUGUCCUGUGAAGAAGAAGCAGUCGCUGACGUGCGGUUUGAUCCUUUAGUUUCGCUCUGCUAAAGAUUUAGUAGCUCAACGGUUGACAUUCGAUUUAUUAUGUAAAACGUCCGAAAUUACGAUGUUUGUAUUUUAUAAUUUAUUAUACGCACGCACACACACUUGCAAGUGGAUUAAGAAUUUCUUUUUUAACCAGCGAUGAGAUGAUUCAUUCAUUUUGUUUCACACGAAAACGAGCACAGCGCGCACCGCUUUCUUUUUUUUUUAACCCCAAACUUGUUGAUUGAUCCUUUGAUUAAUUUACCCGAACUCACUUGAUUAAAUAAUUCGUCGAAUUUUUAAGAGCUAUGGAAUAGCGACCGAAACCACAAACGAUGGCCAUGUUUUAUAUAUGUAUAGUUAAGAACGUAAUAUAUAUUUAACGUCGAACGGGACCAAAAUCGGAAAGGACGGAGAAAGAUUCCAUAAUUUUUUCUUACCACCAUGGCGUCAACUGCCAUGACUUAUACAAUAAUUAGCAAAUGAUUGAUUGAGUUGUGUUGUUGUUGAAUAAAUUUACCUCCGCAGGGAAAAUGGAAACAGAAAGCGAGUCAGUUUUGAGUGGAAGGAAUUGGCUUUUGACCGCUUGGAUGCUACUGUGUAUAUUUAUUUUAUUACUGCUACUACCGCUUGCUUGGAGGACGGAUGAAGGAGAAUUGAGGUCACGCGCUUUUCACUCUCGAUAUAUAAUUAUAAUUUAUGAUUUUACUCUCUUCUCCUCGUAAAUCUGUGCAGCAAUAACAAUGUUUUCUCUUUUUUUUUCUUCUACCGCAUUUUCUUUAAAUUAUAAUUUUUUCACGCGGGGGCUCAGACGCCCCGUUUUUCAACAUUAGCUUUCGUAAAUAAACGUUUUAGCCGUAGUGCAGCAAUCGACUAACCAGACCCCUUGUAAAUAUCCAGCAAAUCAAGUGUACUGUAAAAAUAAAUUAUUCCCUUUCACACUUUUCUAAAAGAUAAAUAAAUGAAUUAAUAAUGAAGGACUACUGAUAGUUUUUGCGUUACAAAAGAACUGAAAUUUAAAUGUAUUGAUUGAUGAUGAUGUACUCUUCUUGAUUAAUUAUUUGUGUCGUAUAAGAAAAAGUGUAUUUAUAGUAUGAUUACAUAACUUAUUAUUUAUGAUUUAAACAGAUAUUUAUCUCCGUUCUAUAAUUAUUUUUAUUUUGUAAAAAAUCUAAACACUGAAUAUUAUUUUUUUGCAAGGAUAGUUUGCUUGGUAAAGACGAGGCUUUCGACAAAUUUAACUUUUUACAAACCAUCAACAAACGCACGUCCUUCUGAUGGAUACUUGAAAAAAAAAAUGAUUGAUUGACUUAUUCUCAGAUGCAUACUGGAAUAAAUCGUGGAAAAAUAAUCAAGUGAUAAUUGCGCUUCAUAUUAUUAUUAUAUUGCCUUAUAUAAUGAUAAUAUAGAUGUAGAUAUAGUCAUAAUAUUUAUUUUUGUUUCCCUAACACGACCCUAGAAAAAAAUUGAAAAAAAAACACCAGCUAUUGUGCAUGGGUUUCCCGCGUAUUUUUGUAUGUAAACUGAGAUUGGCUCUUGUAUGGAUUUUUUACUU